AUGUCUGCAGAAGACAAAGACAUUUACGCCAGCGAGGACAAAGAUGACAACACGGACGUAGACAGUGAGGCUGAAGACACCAAUGAGUCUAAAGAAGAUUCCGGUGACGUCUUCGAUAUCGGGAAACCCAUGACUGAGUGGACUGGCGACGACUUUCCGAGAAUGAAACCAAAAAAACCCAGGGGUAUAAACGUAGUUUCUCAGGCUUACGCGGACUUUCGACGCAAGAUUUUCGUGAAAAAGAAGCCUGUAAACAAAGACCACGACGACAACGACUAUGACGAGGGCAAAGAAAGCGAUGCAGAGGAAGCAGAGGACGACGACGAGAAAUACGAUAUAGUGAUGAGGGAGGAUGUUUGUUGUGACGGCAGUGGUGGCAUCUUCGGCCUUCUCCUUCUUCUCGUCCUCGAUGUCGCCUACGUGGCCUGGUCUUGCUAUUGCAAAAAGCUGGCAACCGAGGAUGAUAUUCGACUGCUAUGGCUCUCCGUAAUUGUGUGGAUCGUUAUCCUUUGCAAAGUGUUCAGAAGACUGGCCCGCAUAGGCAAACAACGGGGAGGUUGUUGUUCUGCCUUCUAUUCUUGCCGUAAAGCUCUCCACAGGGGCUGGCAUGGCUUCCUCAAUUUGUGCAAAAAACCCUGGGAUGCCUGUUGGAGCCGUGCCAACGGUACCGAAAAAGAAAUUAAAAGGAAGAAGCAUCUGGUACUCAAAUGGAUCGCCAUAAGCCUUAUGCUCGCAUUCGUCAUCCUCUGUCUCAUUUUCUUCGUCAUUUUAAAGGAUGUUCGUAAUCUGGUCUCCCUUUCUGGCAUAGUGUUGUUGCUUUUGAUUAGUAUCUUGAUAUCCUGGCAUCCUGGGAAGAUCAAGUGGCAGCCACCACUGGUCGGCAUCUUCAUCCAACUUCUUUUUGGUGUUCUCACACUGCAGACUAGACCAGGCUAUAUUGCUUUCCAGUGGUUAGGGGACCGAAUGUCUGAAUUCCUAGAAAACAGCAAAGCCGGUUCUGGGUUUGUCUUCGCCGAUUAUCACUGCUUCGCUUUUGACGUCCUUCCCGUGGUGAUCUUCUUCUCAUCAUUCAUAUCUAUCAUGUUUCAUCUGGGCAUCAUUUCUCUUCUGAUAGACAAGCCGUCUGUUUAUGCCCAAAAACUUAUGGGAACAACAGGUCCAGAAACUCUCAAUGCCAUCGCUAAUAUUUUCGUCUCCAUGACGGAAUCCCCACUGAUUACACGACCGUACAUGCAUAUGAUGACCAAUUCCGAACUGCACGCCAUUAUCGUCAACGGUUUUGCCUCUGUUGCGGGCUCCGUGCUUGCCGCAUACAUUGGUUUCGGAGUACCUGCCAACCACUUGCUUAUCGCCUGUGUUAUGUCAGCACCCGCCGCGUUGGCUGUUUCUAAAAUUAUUUAUCCAGAAACCAGACAUGCGCCGCUGGCUUCGUUGAGUAGAAUGGAGUCCAUUAAAAGCCCCUACUCCAAUGCUCUGGAAGCUGCUAUGGUCGGCGCUAUGGAAUCAGUACCUAUCGUCGCUGGUAUUGCAUCGAAUUUGAUAGCCUUUCUAAGUAUCUACAACUUCUUCAAUAACGUCCUCACCUGGUUGGGAUAUCGUGCUUGUAUGGAAAAACCAUUGACCUUCGAGCUGUUGUUUUCGUACAUCCUUUGGCCAAUCGCCUUUACGAUGGGUGUGCCAACAGAGGACUGUCUCAAAGUCGCCGAGUUGAUUGGCGUGAAGUCAAUGCUCAACGAAUUCGUAGCCUUCACCAGAUUAGGGAUAAUUAUCAAAGACAGUGCCAUUUAUAAUGAGUGGAAUGGCAACAGUACCGUACAGUAUUUGGUGAAUGGUUCAGUUCGUCUUACCUUUCCAAACGGAACAUAUCAUAUCAUGGAAUACGGCCAUUUGUAUACCAAUCGAGCUGAAGUUAUUUGCACGUAUGCGCUUUGUGGCUUUGCGAACAUUGGAUCGAUCGGCAUUAUGUUGGGGGCCAUGGUAACCAUGCUGCCGCAUCGUCGUAAGGAGUUGUCAGAAAUGAUUCUGGGUGGAAUGAUCGGCGGAACUAUUGCCUGUUUCCUCACUGGUUGCUUUGCUGGUAAGUUUAAAGACGUUGUAUACCAAUCUUUUCAACUCUCAAUGAGUUAG